AUGUCUGGGCAGAGGUCCAAGUGCUGCUCCUCACGCCUGGGGGUGAUCCUCAUCGUGUGCCUGGCGCUGGUGAUCACGCUGACCGUGGUGCUCCUCGUCCUCCACUUCCUCAACAGACCCAGCAAUGGCAAGUUGAGCUUCUUCAGUCCCACCCUCCCACGCUGCUCCGAUUCCAUCGACAUAUCAGAAACAGCAAACUACUUGCUGGGCGUGGGUCGAGCUGACUGCACAGGACCAGUGGCACAGGUUCCCCUGAUGGGCUAUGCCAACCCGGAGCAGGCGGCUGGUGGGCUCCUCACACGCCUCUACAGCCGAGCCUUCAUCGUGGCAGACCCCGACGGCUCCCGGCGCGUGGUGUUCGUCAGCGCUGACAUAGGGAUGGUGUCCCAGAGGGUGAGGCUGCAGGUGCUCGAGAGUCUGAAGAGCAAGUACGGUGACCUGUACCGGCAGGACAACGUCAUCCUCAGCGGCACCCACACGCACUCGGGGCCGGCGGGGUACUUCCAGUACACCCUCUUCUGGAUCACGAGCAAAGGGCUCAUCAGACCAACCCUCAACUCGAUCGUGAACGGCAUCGUGAAGAGCAUAGACAUAGCACAUGAGAGCAUGAAGAGAGGAAGGCUUUUUAUAAACAGAGGCACUGUAGAAAACAGCCAGAUCAACCGAAGCCCUUUCUCCUAUCUCGCCAAUCCAGCAUCCGAGCGAAGCAGGUAUUCAUCCAACACAGAUAAAGAAAUGGUGAUUCUGAAGAUGGUAGGUGAGGAUGGACAAGAGCUAGGCCUUAUCAGCUGGUUUGCUGUGCACCCCGUCAGCAUGAACAACACGAACCACCUGGUGAACAGCGACAACGUGGGCUACGCGUCCUACCUGUUCGAGCAGGACCAGAACAAGGGAAUGCUCCCUGGAGAGGGCUCCUUCGUUGCCGCCUUCGCCUCCUCCAACCUGGGAGACGUGUCGCCCAACACGCGCGGCCCGACCUGCGCCAACACGGGCGAGUCGUGCGACAACCCCCAGAGCUCCUGCCCCGUCGGAGGGGCAGCCAUGUGCAUGGCCCAGGGGCCCGGGAAUGACAUGUUUGAGAGUACAAGGAUUAUAGGGCAAAAUAUCUACUCAAAAGCAAGGGAGCUGUAUGAAAAGGCUUCCCAGGAGGUCAGGGGGCCCCUGAGCUCGGCCCACCAGUGGGUGAACAUGAGUGACGUGUCGGUGGAGCUCAAUGCCACGCACACGGUUAAAACGUGUAAGCCAGCCCUGGGACACAGCUUUGCCGCGGGGACCAUCGACGGCGUGGGCGCUUUCAACUUCACCCAAGGUGCAGUAGAAGGUGACCCGUUCUGGGAUCAGAUCCGGGACCAGCUGCUGGGAGAGCCAUCAAAUGAGACAAAAGCCUGCCACAAACCCAAGCCAAUCCUCUUCAGCACGGGAGAGAUGACUUGGCCCCACCCGUGGCACCCGGACGUGGUGGACGUGCAGAUCGCUGCCAUCGGAUCGCUGGCCAUCGUUGCUGUCCCGGGAGAGCUCACGACCAUGUCUGGCCGCAGGCUGCGGGAAGCUGUUACAAGGGAAUUUGAUUCCCAUGGGACACCAGGGAUGAAUGUGGUAAUUGCAGGUCUGUGCAAUGUCUACACCCACUACAUUGCCACCUAUGAAGAAUACCAGGUUCAACGAUAUGAGGCUGCAUCGACUAUUUAUGGGCCACACACCCUCUCUGCCUACAUCCAGCUCUACAGAGGACUUGCAAGGGCUAUUGCCACGAACACCACCCAGGACUUGCCCCGUGGCCCAGAGCCCCCAUUUUUCAACAUAGGCAACCUGACCUUGCUGCCCUCCCUCGGUGUCGAACGCGCGCCGACCAACAAGACAUUUGGGGAUGUGCUGCAGGAAGUGAGGCAGCAGUACCGAGUGGGAGAAGUUGCUGAAGUGACUUUUGUGGGAGCGAACCCCCGGAACUCCGCGGAGAACGCGACUGAACACAACUUCCUGACGGUGGAGAGGCACACCAACACUUCAGGCACCUGGCAGGUGGUGCAGAAUGAUGCCUCCUGGGACACCAGGUUUUACUGGAGCAGAGGAUCCCUGAGUCAGAGCAAUGUGAGCAUCGAGUGGCACAUCCCAGCUGGCACAGAGCCAGGGACGUACCGGAUCCGCUACUUCGGGCACUACAAGAAGAGAGUGCUCCUCACCCGCACCAUCACCGUUCCCUUCGAAGGCUCCUCCUCGGCCUUUGAAAUCACAGUUCCAUAG